CAGCAGUGCUCGACAUUUGUGCCGAGUUACGCUCCGGUGGUCCACGAAGUUCUCGUCUGCUAGUGUGUAUCAGCAAAGCCCCGCCUUUCCUCGCUUUAUUUUGCCGGAGCCUGAUCGUCUUUGUUGUGUUGUCUGAUUCCUUGUGAUGCUGCUCUUUAAAAGCUCUGCUAUGUUGUGCGUUGAAACCCCCCUUGCCUUCCCCACUCCCCCACCCCACGCUUGAUGUUCUAUAUGUGGCACAUAGACGAAUGGAGAAAUCCGCUCCAAAUGUUUUCCAUAUUUGUUCAGAGCCAGUGUGAUUUCAAAUAGAAGCUCAGCCUCAGACAGAAGAGUGGCAGGAUUUAAGGGAGCGAAAAAAAAAGCCUAAAGCACAGAGAAAUGGGAAUGGAUGCUAAAAGCAAGUCAAGCCCUGCCCCUAACAGUCAGAGCCAGGCAGGAAAACCUUCUGGAGGACAACAGAACACAGACCCCGUUCACGAAAAGACAGAAAACAUGGAGAAGAAAAAAGGACGACAGGGAAAAGUCAAUGCCGGCCAAAAGCAUAAUUCUCACACUUGCUGUGGCUUUCCAUUACUGAUUGCUGUGCUGCAGUUGCUUUUAGGUGUUUCUAUAACAGUGGUGGCCUUCAUAAUGACAGGCAUCAGCUCCUCUUUGCUGACCAGGGAGACUCCACACUGGGCUGGGAUUAUUGUAUGCGUGGUGUCUUUGUUGGGAUUUAUUUUGUACUGCACAACUUACUUGCCUGAUGAAAAUACAUCCAUGCAAUUCAUCAUAAAGCUGGCAUACUUCUUGCUGUGUGCCCUCGGACUGGUCGUUUGUGUCCUGGCCGUAGCCUUUACCUGUCAUCACUACAUGCAAAUCAACAACUACACGUGCACCAUGGAGGACACAUGCGUCUGUAAACUGAAUCCCGAGGACCCCAUUGCCAGGAGCUUUGUCUACAUGGGCGUGCAGGACUGCAGCGAUAUCACAAGUUCUCUCAAACUUUACUUCCUUCUCCAAAUCAUCUUGAACCUGACCCUUGCUCUCGUCUGUCUAAUUUCCUGUUUCGUGAUGUGGAAGGACCGGUACCAGGUUUUCUAUGUAGGCUUUCAGCUGGGCCUUCCUGCUGAGCAACAGCUAAAAGUGUAGGCUUCACGGUUUGUGGUUUCACCUUCCUCACUUAGCGUGGUGUGACGGCAGAACAAUCCAAGAUCUAAAUGUGCUGCACGUGUAAUGCAGGAAAAGCCUAGGUGCCCUUUGCAUAAUGCAAUAUUCAGUGACCCAGACCGCUUCCGCACUUUGUGAAUUCUCAAGCAGGAUUCAGUAAAGUGGAACUUUCUUCUCCUCCAAUAAAACAUUUUAAGGUCAAAAUGGAUCCAAAUAAUUUCCUUCUUUUCAGGAAUGGGAAAAAAAAAAAUCACCAGCUCCUAUGGACAAUGUUAUUAAUUUGAAAUUGAAUGAGAUUAAGAGUGUAUGAAGACUGCAACCAUCUAUAUUUUUUAUCUUUUUACUACUACUAAUUACAAAUGUAACUGAUUGAUCGCCAACAGCCGAAAACCAAACCACAGAUGACAAGUGGGGACCUUUUUGUUUUUGUUCUAACUCGUCUUGCACUUUGUAGUUUUCUACUAAACACAUCUAAGACUCACAUCACAUAUUUCUGGGUUUGCCUCUGCAUAAUGUAGCUUUCUUUUUGACACUUGGCUCAACUAAUGCAAAGAAAAAGCAGACUUUUUUUAAUGACAAGAAUAUACUUUUUUUGUUUUUGCUUCUGCCAUUGCUAGUAGGAUGAAAGAAUCGCUCGACUGUUCUGGUGUCUGUACAGCAAAUAAAAGACAACUCCUGAACCACAAUAAAUAAUUUAAAAGAGAGUAGCAGGAGACUCUCUAGUACAAAAGUGAUCAAUGUAUGAAGGUGCCAUAUUACUGGUGACAAGACGAUGGUGUGAACAACUGAAAAUUUCAUGCCGUAACUCUCAAAAGUUCCAAAGUUGAAAUCAUUCUCGGUGCUAAUAUUUAUAGAUUUUCCCCUGACUCAGAAAUAAACUGUGGCAUUAUUUCAUUAUUUACUGAUUAAACCCAUCCCAGAAUCUUUUGGAACAAUAACUGUAUGUAUAGUCGAGAAUAAGAAGGAGUUCUUCAAUACCAAAUGCAGCCCUUCUGCCAAGGUUCACGUUGAACACAAAUGUACAGUACAGCCUGUCUUGGUGUGCAGACGAUCCAACUACAACAGUGGGCGUUAUGGAGUGGAGAUGGAUGUGGGCGGGUCCAGAUGUCUCACCCCGCCCAUAUCCAGUAAUCCUCGCCUCGCUGCAAGAUGGCCGAGUUAUAGCAUAUGAAAGCCAUGACACUACGUGUUAAUUUAUUUAAUCAUAUUCUUGUUUAUUUAUUCGUCGCAAUACAAGUGAAGUACCAUCUCCACUGCCAUACAGUAUCAAGUACUAGGAAACACUUGGACCUCCAGCCCUCGAAGAAAGGUGGUUCAUGCGCCUCUCACGAAACACAGCACCUCAGGUCACUCUGACGAGGGUGCUGGCACCUUUCUCGUGCCCUAGCAGUGUGUGUGAUCAGUUAGAAUUUAGAAUGUGCUUCACUCUCAUCAGAUGCCCUCUGCGCUACAACUAACUGUAAAAAGGACCCCAAGUCCAACAACAUGGUGGAGGAAGCCCACACCUCCAGUUCUUUAGUCAGUGAUGUGCUGAGAGUUUAUGAAUUGUGUCUGCACUAAAAAUGUUCAAUUCAGUCUGUGCAAUAUGCUUGGAUGUCAGCAGAUGUCAACACAGUCAGGACACGUAGCUGCAGCACCGCCUACCGUGAGAAGGACCUGAAGCCCAAUUUAGUUGAUGAGGUGACACAGACCUCCAACUCUUGGGUCAUAUUAUGUGCAUCACAUCAUAAGCAUUUGAUUAAGACCAAGCUAAAGAUUAAAGGCCCAGUGGUUCGACAGUCUUUGCAUGACAGACAGACAACUCCUAGAAUUUCUUAUAUACUGUAUAUAUUUGCAGAGAAUCAGCCCAGUUUAAUCACAGUAGUUCUAUGGUGGAAGUUUAGGUUAGGGGUUAGCAUGGUUAGGGUUUCGAGUGAACAGUUAAGGUUAAGGAUGAAUGUGAGCACUUAACAUUAACACUCAGACUUCGAACCCAGCACACAUCUGACUCUACCACACCCUGCGUUAAGGACCCUCUCACUUACAUCAGGAGUCACUUACAACAAAAGGUUAGCCUGGCCUCGGGUCUUCACGUCAGCGAUGGGCAUUUGAAAUUUGAGAUGAUCCGAUGAAGUUCUCGAGCUACAAGGUAACAAAGCAACAAUCUCUUCUUAGUAAAUGUGUUACUUGUAGAUAUGCUUUUGAUUACUUGAUAGAUUAGCAUUAUCUGAUUUCUCGAUUUGUGUACAAUUCAGACAUGUCUAUUGGCUACAUUAUAGCUAAAGAACAGGUUUGGUAUUUUAAAGGCAUUUUUCUAAUAUUACUACUAAUAUUCUACUUUUUAUAUAAAGGCUUAUGCAUAUAAACUAACACUUUUUAUAAACAGUUCUGAAUCUGCCUACUGGCAAAUAUGCCUCAAUUGAUGAAUAUACAAAAUGAUUUUUAUAUACAGAAUGUAUGUGUGGGUGUGUUUUAUAUAUAGAACAUUCAUAAAAUUGUAUAACCGCGUAAAAUACUAAAUAUAACAACCAAAUGUCUGCAUUCAACUGAAGAGGAAGGAUUCCCAUUUUUUCCAUGCAUUAAUAAGUCUUAGCAUAAGCGCCAUCUGUGCUUGGCAGACUUCAGAGGCGAGCUGCAUUUUUCUACACAGUUGCUAUUCUGGUGACUGUUGAAAUAGUUCAUGUUUUGGACUUUGUCUAAAAUUUUUAACGUAACUGCACAUGAAAAAAUCGGGCAGUUUGAAAUUUGUAUUUCUGUGCAAUUACCAACCAAUCAUUACUGUUGUUCUGUUUUACCAUCAUGCAUGCGCAGCAUUGAGUGAAACAUCUUUGUACCAUCCGAAAAUCACUCAUAUCAGCGACUCUGAGUUGGCCCAGUCUGAGUGCGAAUGUGUGGCCGGCUACAAGAAUGGGCCCUUUGACAGAUUUAUAUGCCAACCGGAGCUACUUUCUGUCUUUUGCCCUGUUCUGCCAGGGCAGGCUUUGGCUCCUUAGUGACUAUAAAUUGAAUUAAAAGGGCUUAAGGAUGUCAUGUUUAAAGUUUUGGAAUGGUUCCAUUAUUUCAUCAACAUCCUUUGUGUGAGCGUUUGACAUUGAAACUGUUUUGAGUUUGCCAUUUCUCUCAGGAAGCUUCAGCUUUCCUCCAUUAUCAGAUAGAAGAGCAUGCUGGGUACACUGCAUUAAACUGUCCUGUUCAUGUGCCUUGUCCAAGGCUGGUCCUCCUCCUUUUGCUGUGAUGACAAACUGUAGAUCAAAUUCAGAUACCGUAAAUUAGUCAGACAUUGACUAAGCGACUUACUCCUGAACAGAGUUAUGGGUGGCAAUCCUCACUAGCACAGGGUGCAAGGCAGGAACAAACCCUGGACAGGGUGCCAGUCCAUCUUGGGUGACUGUAUGUUAGCUGCACCUCUAAUACAGAACUGUUCAAUAUUAAAAGCAAAAAAAAAAAA